UCAAACCCCUCCGAUGUUAAGGUUAACCUUGCGAAAUCAUCAAUCGUUCUAUCGCAGUCUUCAAGUCAAGAGUUCACUGAGCAAAUCUCUAACUGUGGUGAAGGCCGAAGGUCUGCCCUUUCUCACUUGGUACGGUAUAUGGUACACUCUCGGUGUCACCCUCUGUCACACCUCGGUUUCCUGUCGACCCGAGCUCUAUAAUAAAGCUCUUACUGUGAUGAAAGCCGUCAAUCUAGAUCGCCUUGUGGACGUCGAUCGUAUCGAUCCAGCAAUAGGCAAAUGGACUCUUAUAUUUGUCAUGAACAACAUCUUAGAAAUACCCAGGUUGCCCUUCGUAUUGGCCUCGUACGCCUGGUGGAAGCGUGCGGUCGUCACACGAUUAUGAAAGUUCUUGUAAAACUGCACCACUAGGUUCAUUUUUGACGCCCUUUUUGUAGCAUUCCUUUCGACGUUGGAGGAGUCGAACGUACAGUGUAUCCAUUAUUUGCAUUGCACGAAAUAUCACCUAUAAGGUCUACUGUGCCCAACACAGUGAUGGUGGAAACACAUUUGACGUAGUGUUGGUAUCAAUGAAGUUUCACCCUAGUGAUAUG